AUGGAGAACGAAUCAUUUAUUGAUAUGAGUACAAUUAUUACUCAUGAUGAAAACUCAGCAAUACAGUUAAUUCAGGCAGAACACUUAUUAAAUGACGAACCAACUUUAUUAGAUGAAAAUACGGUUAACCAAUUUUUGUUACCAUUACCAGCUUCUUCAAAUGCAAAUGAGAGUAUGAAUACUGGACCCGAUCUUUUAGCUUUAUACUCGUGCGCAAUUUGUCAUGACAUAUUUACAAAUGAUGCUGAUUUACUGGAUCAUACUAUUUUAAUGCAUGCUAGCGAUAAUUCUGUAAAUUCUAAAAAUACUAAAAUGGCUCCUCAAUCUCCUUAUAAAUUAUCAACUGGCAGUACAAACUUUGAUGCCGAAUGGCUUGUGUGUUGUCUGUGUGAAAGAGUUCUUUCAACUGCUUUAGAAAACGAACCUACUGAGCAAUUAUGCUGUAUUGACAUGAAUGGCAAAAGCAGUAUUGCACCACGAAAGCUUAGUACAAUGUUUGUCUGUGAUAUUUGUAACUAUUUAUUUGCUGACGGAGAGGCACUCGAUUGCCAUAAGCUUAGUUGCUAUUCGCAAAACGACCAACUUCCCGGAAAUCUUCAUAUAAAUGUUGUACCAUGUACGAUAUGCGGGAAGCAAUGUUUAACAGAUGAGGAAUUACGAGCUCAUGCCGAGAGUCACCGGACCAGCCGCGGUCGACGAGCGUACACGCCCAGUAACAGUUCCAAAAUGUGGAAUUGUGGAUCUUGUAACCAACUCUUUGCUACUGCGCGAGAGCUAUAUCGUCACAAACGAGGCGAAGACCGCCCGCCCGGCUCACCUGUGAUGGCGUAUGUCUGCGAAGAGUGUAAUAAAGAAUUGGGCAGCAUGUGCGCGUUGCACACACACAAAAAGAUGCACAAAGUAUCAAAACCAGGCUACCCGUGUCGAGUGUGCGGUCGCCGUUUCAACCAAUCAGGACACUUGGCCAUCCACAUGAGGAUGCAUACUGGAGAACGACCAUAUCCAUGUGAUCUUUGCUCCAAAGCAUUUAAAGUCAAGGUGGAGCGAGACGACCACCGGCGGACGCAUACGGGCGAACGGCCCUUCGCGUGCACAGCCUGCCCCAAGACGUUCACCGCUGCCGCACGCUUGCGUGAGCAUGCGCGCAUACACACCGACCAAAGGCCCUACCGUUGCGAUAUUUGCGGCGCGGCGUUCCGGAGGCCGUACGCGCGCACCGUGCACACGCUGAUCCACACGGGGCAGAAGCCACACGAAUGCAACGUCUGCGGCACGGCUUUUAGGCGUUCUGGAGACAUGUGGAAACACAAGCGGACUCUACACGGCAUCCAACCAGAGGUGGAGGCGAAAAUGUGAUUUAAAAUGAGUGUUGCUAUU